AUGGCUUCUCCCACCGUCCCAGUCUCGCCUCUCCAUCUUCCAUCCUCGUUCAACUUUGCAAGAGACAUUGUCGACUAUUGGGCACAGAAGGAUCCUUCUCAGGUGGCCCUCUAUUGGACAGAUCAAUCCCUAAACACCACCAAACAGCUCACUUACAGCUAUUUCUCUCGCCAGUCCCACCGUAUCGCAACCCUCCUCACAUCUCUGGGAAUCAAGCAAGGUGACACAUGUAUCCUCAUCUCACCCAGAAUUCCCGAGUGGUGGGAAAUUACAACGGCCUGCCUCCGGUCUGGGAUCGUGGCCUGUCCGUGCACGACGCUCCUGGUUGAUAAAGACAUCAAGUAUCGACUCCAAGUCUCUCAUGCUACCGCAUUCAUUGGUGAUGAAACCUCUGUCGCAAAGUGCCUGAAGAUCCGUGCGCACUGUCCAAAUCUGCGCACAGUGAUACAGAUUGAAGGAAGAGGUUCUCCAGGGGUGGUCGGCUUUCAUUCAUCACUGGCCAAGGUCUCCCAAGAUGUCGAUUUCCCCAUAUCGAGUUCUCUCAAACCCACGUCCCCAGCAUUAACAUUUUUCACCUCGGGAACUACUGGCCCCCCGAAAAUGGUUCUACAUACUCAAGCAUCAUACCCUCUCGCGCACGCCUUGACGGGCAUCCAUUGGCUUCAACUUCGCCCUGGAAUAGUCUAUUGGAACCUAUCAGAGCAAGGGUGGGCCAAAGCCGCGUGGUCAUUCUUCUCGUCAUGGAACUGCGGCGCAACCCUCUUUGUCCACGACGACAGGUUGGCAUUUAAUCCGCGUCGGACCCUGGAAGUGUUGAACAAAUUCCCCAUCACGACUCUGUGCGCUCCGCCCACAGUCUAUCGCCAGCUUGUUCUGGACGACAGCCGUCGUUUCUUCACGACCAAGCAAGGGAAGCCUCGAUCCUUGGCUCACUGUUGUGGCGCCGGAGAACCAUUGAAUGAGAGCGUGAUACAGACUUGGAAGGAAAUGACCGGCGGUAUCGAGAUCUUCGAUGCCUACGGCCAGACCGAAACAGUGGUCGUCUGCGCGAAUCAAAAAGUCAACAAAGUCAAGCCUGGGAGCAUGGGAAAACCCAUCCCUGGCGUGCCAUUGAUGGUGAUCGACGCCGACGGCAAUAUCACGCCUCACGGAGUCGAAGGAGAUAUUGCGAUAGCGAUUGCGGAUGGAGACGAAGACGAAGCCUUUUUCGGCAUUUUCCAGGGGUACAUUGACAAAGCAACCGGAAAACUCGACGACAAGGUCAAGACGUUCCCCAAUGGAAGGAGGUUUUUCAUCACGGGCGAUCGCGCCACCAGAGACGCCGACGGGUAUUUCUGGUUCGUGGGCCGAAGCGACGAUGUGAUUAAUUCCAGCGGGUAUCGGAUUGGUCCCUUUGAAGUCGAAUCGACUCUCAAAUUACAUCCUUGCGUCGUUGAAUCUGCUGUCGUGGCGUCUCCUGAUGAAGCCCGGGACGAAGUCGUCAAGGCCUUUGUCGUGCUCAUUCCCUCAGCGGCCUCAGAAUACAAUACACCCGAGUCUCGCGCCGCGCUGGUCAAGGAAAUCCAGGAUUUCUGCAAGCAAAACGCCGCCCCGUACAAGUAUCCGCGCAAGAUCGAGUUUGUGGACGCACAGUUCCUGCCCAAGACAAUUAGUGGGAAGAUCAAACGAGCUGAAUUGAAGGCCUUGGAACGGCGAAGAUAUAACGAGAGCAAGGGCGCUAGGCUAUAG